AUGCCGCAUUUGAACGAAAUGGCCUGGCUCGAUCGACACGACAAUGGCGGCCUUUUUAACGAGUCUUUUGAAACUGACCCUCACGAUGCGUCCCAGCUCCUUGUGCUCGUCUUCCGAGCCUACUUUUCGCCCUUCAUCUUCGUGCACGGUGUCAUUGGGAAUGUACUCUCGCUGGUAAUUUUCUGUCGUCUUCACAAACGCACGCCCGGUCGGUUUAACCAGUAUGCCAUCGCCAUAACUUUCUACUUUCUUGUCAUUCUCGUGUUUGACACCUUACUGGACGACUUUGUUGGCAGGGGUCUUUGGUGGCUUACACACUAUCGCAUUAGGUUAAAGUUGGAUCAAGUAUCGUCUCUGUCGUGCAAAGUGAUCACCUACGUGACGGAUUCCAGCGGAUUUAUCGCCACAAUGACAUUAGCGGUCUUCGGUCUCGAUCGUGUGCGGACGGUCUGCCUGCCCUUCCAGUUCAGAGGUGACCGCCACCUGUCGUGCUCCGCGGCUCUCAUCAUCGGAGUCUCAGUCGUCGGCCUGGUCUUGUUCUCGCCCACGCUUGUUUUCUACGAUGUUGUAAAUUCCAACACGACUAAUCAGACCUCGUGCACACUGACUAACCCCGCCCUACCAGGUGCCACGUACACUUUGCUUAUUUACGUCCUUGGCUCCUACACCAUUCCCACUGUGAUAAUCGUCGUCUGCAACCUAAUCAUCUGCUGUCAGCUCGUCGAUAUUAAACGCAAGCAACGCAAAUGCGGUAUCGACGUUUCGAGUCGCGGUGAUAUUCGCCGAAUUAUAGGUCACCUGGCAAUCAAUACGGCUUUUCUUCUCCUGAUGAUUCCUCUCGCGGUGGUCGUCUUAAUGCGCUACGAGUCUACGGUCAGGCCGUCGCUUUACUCCAUCGAAUACCAACAGCGGCUGAUUCACCUUUCCCGCUUCUUCAGCUCCCUCCUCUCGAUCUACUUUUCAAGCAGCUUUUGGGUCUUCUUCCUGUUCCUGCCCAGUUUCCGCGACGCGGUGAUCGAGUUGGCUCUGGCGAGCCCCCUGAUAGCCUCAUCGGUGUGCGGACCCUGUCUGUACCGCCGAAUGACCUACACAGGUGCGCGCAGGCUCCGCACCAAGUCGAUGACACCAACGAUGAUACCCAUGGGCGACGUCGAAGGCAUCCUUCAGAACAGGACUAGUCUGCCCCCCUCGGCGACUAUUCGUGUCUCUCUUCACAAUAAGCCUAAACCAGUUAGAUCGAGGUCCACAUCAACCCUCGCCGUUUUUAAGACUUAA